UGUUACAUACAGACGCACAUAACAAAGCCGGUGCUUGCCUCUGGUCACACUGGCAGUUUUUAAUUUUUUAUAAAAUCGAAUUUAUUUUAAAACUUAAUUUUAUCCGUCUUUGUUGCAAUAUCUUUAAUAUAUUUAAGUAAUAAACGAAACCAAGCUACCAUGCAGUCCGUAGUCACCCGCUCGUUAAACAUUGCCCGCAGAUCUUUGAAUGUGCGGCAAAUUGCUUCGUUAUCGGCCCUCUCCGAAACCCACCAGAUGCUGCAGAAGUCCUGCCGGGAUUUCGCCAACAACGAGCUGAGUGGAAAUGCGGCCAAGUUCGAUCGGGAGCACCUGUAUCCGGAAAAGCAGAUCCGCCAGAUGGGCGAACUGGGCGUGAUGGCGGUGGCGAUUCCCGAGGAGUUGGGCGGCACCGGUCUGGAUUAUGUGGCCUACGCCAUUGCCAUGGAGGAAAUCUCUCGGGGAUGCGCCUCUGCUGGCGUCAUCAUGUCGGUGAACAACUCCCUUUACCUGGGACCCCUUCUCUCCUUCGGCAACGACGCCCAGAAGGCAGACUACAUCACGCCCUUUGCCAGCGGCGAACGAGUGGGUUGCUUUGCCCUUUCGGAGCCUGGAAACGGUUCGGAUGCCGGAGCUGCGUCCACGAUGGCCACCGACAAGGGCGAUCACUGGGUGCUCAACGGGACCAAGGCCUGGAUCACCAACGCCUUCGAGGCGGAGGCAGCCAUCGUGUUUGCCACCACCGACAAGCAGCUGAAGCACAAGGGCAUCUCCGCUUUCAUAGUGCCCAAGGGCACCAAGGGAUUCUCGCUGGGCAAGAAGGAGGACAAGCUGGGCAUCCGUGGCUCCUCCACCUGCCAGCUGAUCUUCGAGGAUUGCGCAGUGCCCAAGGAGAAUAUUCUGGGCCAGCCUGGUUUCGGUUUCAAGAUAGCCAUGCAAACUUUGGACGCCGGACGCAUUGGAAUCGCUGGCCAGGCACUGGGCAUUGGCCAGGCAGCCUUGGAACUGGCCGUGGAUUACGCUCAGAAGCGACAGGCCUUUGGCAAACCCAUCGCCAAGCUGCAGUCCAUCCAGCAGAAGAUCGCCGACAUGUCGCUGGCCAUGGAAUCGGCUCGUCUGCUCACCUGGCGCGCCGCCUGGCUGAAGGACAACAAGCAGCCAUACACCAAGGAGGCGGCCAUGGCCAAACUGGCUGCCUCGGAAGCGGCCACCAUGUGCUCGCAUCAGUGCAUCCAGAUCCUGGGCGGAAUGGGCUAUGUCACCGAUAUGGCAGCCGAGCGGCAUUACAGGGACGCGCGCAUCACCGAGAUCUACGAGGGCACCUCCGAAAUCCAGCGGCUGGUCAUCGCGGGCUCGAUACUCAAGGAGUACGCUAGUUAA